GUAGGUUUUGCGAUGGAACAGGUAUGGUUACUGCUCCUGCUGACGAUUAAAGUGCUUUCAGUGACUGCUCAGUUCAAUGGAUACAACUGUGAUGCCAACCUCCAUAGCAGGUUUCCUGCUGAACGAGAUAUCAAUGUUUUCUGUGGAGUACAGACAAUUACUAUGAAGAUAAAUUUUUGCACCGUUCUUUUCUCUGGUUAUUCUGAGACAGAUCUGGCACUGAAUGGGAAACAUGGGGAUGCCCACUGCAGGGGUUUCAUCAAUAACAACACCUUUCCAGCAGUGGUCAUUUUCAUCAUCAAUCUGAGUACUUUGGAAUCCUGUGGAAACACUUUAGUGGUAUCCUCAGCUCGAGGUAUCAAUGCUUAUGGAAAUACCUCAGUGGUACAGAUAGGCAAUGUUUCAGGCUAUAUUGAUACACCAGACCCACCAACGAUUAUCAGCUAUUUACCUGGGCUUCUGUACAAAUUUAGCUGUAGCUAUCCACUGGAGUACUUGGUUAACAACACCCAGCUUGCUUCGUCAUCUGCUGCUAUUUCUGUAAGAGAGAACAAUGGUACAUUUAUCAGCACUUUGAAUCUGUUGCUUUACAAUGAUUCAACCUACAGCCAGCAGCUCCUUAUUCCAAGUACCGGUUUACCUUUGAAAACCAAAAUAUAUGCAGCUGUAAGAGCAACCAACCUUGAUGGCAGGUGGAAUGUUUUGAUGGACUACUGUUACACAACGCCAUCUGGUAAUCCUAGUGAUGAUCUUCGAUACGAUCUUUUUUUCAGCUGUGACAAGGACCCGCAGACAACUAUAAUUGAAAAUGGCAAGAGCCAAAUGGGCCGGUUUUCUUUUGAGGUGUUUCGCUUUGUGAAACACAAGAACCAGAAGAUGUCUACGGUCUUCCUUCACUGCGUGACAAAACUGUGCAGAGCAGAUGACUGUCCCUUUCUUGUGCCAAUUUGCAGUAACAGAGAAAGAAGAGAUGCUGGUGGGAGGACGACUUGGAGCCCUCAGAGCACCUCUGGCAAUGCUGUAAUCUCUGCUGGCCCCAUCAUUACAAGGAGCGAUGAGACUCCAACCAACAAUUCACAGCUUGCUCAGCCAAAUGGACCUCCUUUCCAGCUGAACUCAGUCACCAGCGCACUGAUUUCGGGUGUUGUCAUCCUAGGAAUCACAAGCAUUUCCUUUUUUGUAUGUUCCCUAACUCUUCUGCACAGAAGGUGGCCCAACAGUUCAGUCUUGAGUGGCAUCCGAAACCCAGUUUUCAACUGA